AGGCUAGGGAGAGCGGCUGCGCGGGACUUUAGAGCCGCUUGCCACCCUUGCCUAAACAGCCACCCUUUCUGUGGCGCGCAUGGGCUGCUCUCUAAUCCAAUAUGCGCUCGCAGAGGGCUGAGUAGCUUCUUUUUCCUACGGGCAUGCACCACUGCGGAGGCUGCGAGUGGUUCCUGAGGGCUUGCGGGUGGUCGUGACGCGCGUUAUGGGGAAGUGAGCCCUUCCUAGGCGUCUGAGAAGACACUGCGCUGGCCGGCGGGAAACUUCUCUCUUUUCCUCCCUCUUUCUUUCUUUCUCUGCUUCCUCCUCCCCCCCUCCCCUCCCUUUGCUCGUGUGACUCCGCAGCUCGUUGCCUUUUGGGCCGUUUCAUACUCGCCUUCGCUUUGCUCCCGUCCUCGCCAACGUCGAAGCGGAGCUGCCACGGGGAGGGAACCGAAGCAAGCAAGCCAAAGGCGGAGUUGCGUGUCGCCAGCAACUCAGCCUUUCCGCUCCGUCUCGAGUCCUGCAAACGCGGCAGGUCCAGAGCUGGGAAGAAGAGCGCGCAGCCCGGAGUCUGGUGGUAUUAAUUUCAGUGGAACCUAUUUGCCCAUAACUGUGCUUAGGAUCACAACCAUCAAGACUGAUUCAACCCUUAAGCAUUAAUCAAGAACGGAAUGGGGAAACAGAACAGUAAAUUGAGGCCCGAAGUACUCCAGGAUCUCCGAGAGAAUACAGAGUUCACAGACCAUGAACUGCAAGAGUGGUACAAAGGCUUCCUAAAAGAUUGCCCAACUGGCCAUUUGACUGUUGACGAGUUCAAAAAAAUAUAUGCUAACUUCUUCCCCUACGGUGAUGCCUCAAAAUUUGCAGAGCAUGUGUUCCGCACUUUUGAUACCAAUGGCGAUGGGACGAUUGACUUUCGGGAAUUUAUAAUUGCAUUGAGUGUCACUUCUCGUGGAAAGCUUGAGCAAAAGCUGAAAUGGGCAUUUAGCAUGUAUGACCUUGAUGGCAAUGGCUACAUCAGCCGUGCUGAAAUGCUUGAGAUAGUGCAGGCAAUCUACAAAAUGGUGUCUUCAGUAAUGAAAAUGCCAGAAGAUGAAUCUACUCCAGAGAAACGAACAGACAAAAUCUUCAGACAGAUGGACACAAACAACGAUGGUAAACUAUCUCUUGAAGAGUUUAUUAAAGGUGCCAAGAGUGAUCCCUCUAUUGUGCGGUUGUUACAAUGUGAUCCAAGCAGCGCAAGUCAGUUCUAAUUAAACUCUGGACAGUUUGCAAAGAAAAUUACUGGCUUGUUCAAGCUUUGCUCGUAAAUGGAUGCCUUCUUAACCAUUCCUCAGUAGCUAGUGGAUGAGAUUCCACUGCCAGAUUAUCUACGUAUCCAAGUGAAAGAGCCUCACUCCUCUCACCAACAUUAAUGCAGUUCUUCUUUCCACAAUUCCAUCUUUUGUUUCCUUCUCUCGUGACUCACUCUACACAUCCAAUAUAACUGAAGGGUAUGUUUACAAUGGCAGAUUAAAGAGGGGUUUAUUGUACAUCACUUGGUUAAUAUGAACAGAUGACUUUCUAGUUAGCCCCUAAGAAAGAUAUACUGUGUGUAUCUUUUGCCCAACACAGCAUUGGCAAAUGGCAGGAAUUUUAAUUUGCUUCCCAGAAAAUGGCUAUGAAAUUUAGAAUAAAUUGAGUAGAAUUUUUUUAAGAGCAUGAUAUCAGUUUCCUCCUAUGAGGAAAAUUGCUUGCACUUAAUGGUCUUUCCAUUCUUUUAAAUAUAAAUAUAUAUAUGUAUAAACUAUAUAUAUGGUGAAGUAAUUUUUUUUUAAUAUUUAGGUCAUAUUUAAUAUAUAAAGUAGAAUUCAUGCUUUAGCUCUUCUAGUUGUCUGAUUAUUCAAUUUUUUUUUUUUUAGUGAUAUUUAUGCAUAGCAAAGUUGCUGUUAGGACAUUGCACGUCUAGAUGUUUGUGGAUAUAACACUGUUUAAUUACCAGUUUCAACCAUUCAUUUUUACUGCUGAUUGUUUGAGCAUUUUCCUGUGUAAAUGAAAUUUAAAAGGAGUAUUUUUCCUUCUAUGUUUCUCGGUGAAGUGCCACUUAACUGUGGCUGCAGCAUUUUGAAAACGGCUUGUGAGUGAGGUGAGGUGAUUUGACAUGCACUUGCUAUGGCCCCUCCUACCUUGUCGCUGUCCAUCUUUGUUAAUAGUCUUGUGCAUUUCCAGUGUUAUUUAAUAUCUGCCUAAUGCCAAGAAAUGUUAAUUGAAAUAAAGACUAAUUUUCUUGUC